UUUUUACUAUAUUGAUUGGGAUUUUUUUAUAUUGUUUCUAAAAUUUAGCAGAUUUUAUUCUAUUUUUAAGCUGUGAGUAAUAAUACUAAUACGAGACUUUAAAUUAAUACAAUCUUGUAUUAGAUAAUUCCUCUUGAGUAAAUUAAACCUUCAUAACAAUCAUUAGCUACUUUGUGAUGUCUGGAAUUGAAACAACCAUCAUAGGAUUUAAAUCUUAUAUUUAUUCCAUACAUUACUUUCCUUAAGUAUAUAUAUGCACCCAUUGGAUACUGUUUUGCAAAUCAAUAUUUGAUGAAUUUCUCUCCUGAACACAUGCUUUCAUGCCAUUGAGAGGACUGUUUGGUCAUGGGCUGUGAACUGUCCUAUCAAUGGACCAGGUUUGAGCCCUGCCAGCUGCCAUCCCCCACUAUCCUGCAGGAGAUUUGGGCUAGGAUGUAGUAAUCUUCAAUUCUGAAAGAACAAUCCACACAUAUAUAUAACAAAAGAGCAUCACCAUAGUUUAAUGAUUUUUUUUUGGUGCAUUUAUAAUAAUUUGACAUGAUCUUCAAGAAACUUUCUCUGUUCACAGUGUCAAAGGUUUUAGUUAAGUCCACAUAUAUUGAAAUAAAGGUUACUAUAAAAGAUUUACAUUUACACAAGAGCAGACUUUAUUAUUUGAAACACAUUAGGCAAAAAAUUCACAGCCUUGACUAUAGUAGCUGCCCCUUAUACCAAAAAGAUAAAGCUAUGUUGAUCUGUUGAUUGGAUCUCUGGGUACUUUAAUAAUCUCUUAAGGUAUAAUUAUGUUAAAAAAUUAACAGGAUCCACUUAAAACAAACAAUAAAUCAAGGAAUAACAUUACACACAGUAAGAUCUUGAGGAAAGUUUAUGAAGUGGGAACUGGUUAUCAUCUUCAUUGCAUUGUUGUAGUAUAUUUUACAUUAAUUUAUUGCUUACAUUAAUCUAUAACUAUUAUUCAGGUUUUUAAUCUAAUCAACAUUUUAUAUCUUAAUGUAAACUGUUCAAAUGUUUUUCUUUGUAUUUACUGGCAAAAAUUUGUAUGCAUAGGUUACCACACUCUCUAUAUACAUGAAAUUUUAAAAAAUAAAUCAUCAACCUACUCCUUUAAAAAAAAAGGGUCAUCACCAAAGAAUAAUUUUAAUGGAAAAUAUCUUUUUCUUUUUUUCAGGAGUGCAAUGCCCAGAAAUAGACCAUCAUUUAGACUAAUUCUCUUGCACAUUGAGAUUGCCUCUGCUGAAUUACUUCGGUUCAGUCUGGAGGACUUUUCUGAAUCUCAAGAAAUUUGGAGGAAAGAGAUUCCUGAAAAUUUCCAAAAAAUGAAAGCUGAAGGUUCCAACUUACCCCAGCUAGAAGAAGAGCUUAUAAAAAGAAGAAAAGAAGAAUUAAGACAUGCACAGGAUGUCAGAGAGCAUUAUGAAAGCAAGUUGGAGCAUGCUAACAAUUUGUAUAUGGAAUUAACAGCUUGUAUGCUGCAACUGGAAAAGAGAGAACGGGAGCUCAUCAAACGAGAACAACAACUGACUUUGUACAAUAAACAUAGAAAGAGUAUCGUUCGACCAAUCAUAAAAGCUCAAGAAAAGUUAGAUCGACUUGGUAAAAAACAUACACAUAGGUCAGGGUCUGAAGUCACGACGCCAGACUCUAUGAAAAACACAGAAGGGAGCAUGACAACUAGCUCUGAGCUGGUACCACCGUCUCCUAUGAAAUUGGGUACCAGAAAGUCUCGUCAUCGUCGGAAUAACAGCAGAGGGUCUAUGAAAGACAUUACCUCUGCUCAAAUCUCAAUCUACAUAUGAAGCAUCACUGGACAUCCAAACAUCAGACAAACUUAACCCUGCAGGGCUUCAUCCUACUGACCAUGCACCCUAUCCUGGGACAUUUAAAUUUUUGGGACCUGCCACUGCAAUCGGGGAGUAUCGAAGUGAAGAUGAAGCUGAUGGCCAAGAGACAAGGUUAACUCAUAUGGAAAACAACAUGAAGAAACGUCAGGAGUGUUGUAGCAGAAACUCAUCCACUUCUGCCACCAGGCACUUGCCAAUCUCAAAACACUCACCUGUAAGUAAACACUUACCAGCAUCAAAACCAGCAUCAAAACAGAACUCUUCAUCCUAUCAAGACAAUAACAUUAAUGAUGUCUGCUUUGGCUGUGAUGGUGGCUGCAGUGAUGCUACUUGUAGCAGAAACGCUCAUCCCAGGUCAGUGCAGAUGUGGAGUGCACAUGUGACCUAUCCCCUCUGUCCAGCCCAAAACAGAACUUUGAAACUAUGAGUGAAAAAUCCUCUCCGGAUAUUGACCUCUCAUCCCGACCUGAAACUGGGGGGACAGAAGAAUAGAAGCCCCUCCAGAAGGAUUCUUGAAUCUGAUUUGAUGGAGAAAGGAGUUAUGAAAACAUUAGAGGAUACAAUACGCUAGGAAAUUUAGAGACCAACUGUUUCCAAAGUGGAAUAGAAAAAAGAAAUGAGUCACCAGAGAAGACCAAUGCUCCGAAGAAGUUUAGAAAUACAAAGCACUCUGAAGAUUCAUGCUCAGAAGAAGUAGGAGACAUUAGUGAGGAUGAUGAAUCAAGUAGCCACCCUCCCUGUCGUCAGUCUCUCUCAACUCUCAGUUCUGAAGGUGUGUUGUCUGAGGAGGACAUGACUAGCAAUCGCUCUGGUCAUCAAGAUGGCAGUGGUGAUAAUGGCUUGUUGUCUACGGGUAGUGCAGAAAAUUUACAAGCAGAGUUGACAAAGUUUACAAAUAUACCUGAUGGGUUGUCCGACAGGCAGAAGACUGUCAGGAAGAUGAAGAAUAAAGUCAACUCCCCUGACAGAAUAUUUGAAAAAUGUGAUACAGAAACUAGUUCAAGUUCUGAUGAAUGCUCUGACAUGACUGUCUCAUCAACUAUACACAAAACCAGAUCUCUAGAAACUAGUACACACUGGUAGUAGUUUUUCUCUUAGUUCUAUUUCCUCCAGACAGAAGUCAUCAGUUCUAUCACUUACAAUUAGUGUGUUAGACAACCAUUUACAUUGUUUUGUUUGGACAUCCAUCAAGUUGGAUAGACUACCAUUUACGCUGUUUUGCCAUUUGUUUAAAUCAAGCAGUAAACUAGUCCUGUGACGUCAUGGAUUCAAAAUUUCACUAUAACAAAAACAUCUUAAAACACAAAGACAGCAUCUUUGAAUUGCAUUACUUGGAGGAUGUACCAGUGCAUCAAACCAAUGUUUUCACUGCUCUUGGUCUGAGACCACCAUCAAUUGCACAUAAACGGAUUCAUUUAUCAUUGUGCACCAUCUUUAGAAAUGAGGACCUUCAUGGAAUGCAUUCAGUUUAAAUCUGAAUUGAAGUCAUGUAACAAUCUCAAUUUAAAAAAAACUCAACAAUUGACAUGUCGCCACUACAGCAAGUCAGGAGAAACAGAAUUUCUGUGAAAAUGUCUUAAUUUUAUAUCUUUACACUUAAAUAAAUAAAUAAAUUAUUGCUUUAAUAUAGUGCAACUUUCAUGCCUAUAGCAUGCUCAUAAUGCUAUGGUCCAAUCUCAUUCAUUGACCAGUGAGGGGGUAUCUGUGAGAAGGUUUUCCGUGCUGCCUUUAGGCGCUCAGUAAACACAACUAUGCCUGAGUCAAGUGUCGAACCUCGAGCCCCCUUCAUAGGUAGCCAAGUUGAAGCGUACUUAGCCUCUGGACCACGCUUCCCACUUAGAAUAAACUUUAAUUGUAUAUUUUUACACUUAGAAUAAGCUAUUUAGUUAGUUUGGCUACCAUACACAAACUGUCUGUCAUUGCCACUGAUACAUCAAGACUAAAGAGUUUUGAUUUUCCCUACUUAUGCUCAUCUUCUUUGCAUUGAUGCGAAUAUGUAAUUUUUUUUUUUUUGUGGCAUGAUUCUAAUUAUCUUAUACUAAUAGUAAAACUUUAAAUGUUUAUGUAAGCAUCACCUCACCAUAUCCUGAUUGUAUUAUGCUUGUCACAUAUAGAAAAAGUAAAAUGAUUGCUAUUAGGGAAAAUCAUAUUAAAAUGAUGGCAAAUUUGUGCAUUUUCUGCCAAUAGAAACUUGAUCUAAACUAAAUAAAAGCAUGCACUAAAUCAAUGAAUGAAAAAUUGUCAUUUUAUAUCAGAUUUGUCAAUGGUUUAUACAAGUCUAGAAUAACUUUUCAAAGCUAACCCUGGGCCAUUGAUGUAUUGUCUGGAGGAGGAUGAGCAUUAUUUUUUUAAUUUUUGUUGUUUUAUGUCCAUUCUAACAGUUCUGUGAACUCAUCCUGUCUAAAACUACCAGCUGUUUCAAUUGAACUAACUACUUACUGGUUAAUAGAUUUUUUUUUUUAAAUUGCAUUGUUAAUUAUUUUGAUCUAAAUGAGAUUUGAUCAAAGGACAUUAGUACCUUUAGAUUCUAAUUUUGAAAUGUAUUUAGUUAAAUUAUGCUACAAAUAUUAGUGAUUUUCACACAUUUUUCCAUUUCUCUGAUUUUUGCUUCUUAGAUAAUGUACACUUAUGACAUAGACCUAUUUUUCUGUUUCUAGUAUAAAUAAUCAAUUUGAACAAGUCAAUGUGAAUCUUGUGCAUAUGAAAUUUACCUUCCAAAAUCCCCCUCAACCCCCUACCUUUUUUUUAGUUUUAUCAGGGGAGUCAAUAAUAUUUAAACUUCAAUGAGUUACCAAAAUCAUUGUAGAUCAGUUUUAUAAUUAGUACUGGAUCCACUACAUCUGUGGGGAUAUGAUCAUUUUGAAUGGUGGCACUUCAUAUGGGGAUAGAGCCAAUGAUAGAAUCAUCAGAUGUUUGUGGGAACAUUUGGAAAUAAAACUAAGUGGGCCUGUGAAGAAAGGCUUCUAAGUGUAUGAUGCUUGCUAUAUAUUUUAAUUUAUUUUUAAAGUGAACUAACUUUUUUACUAAUGAUUUAUUUCCUUAUGCUAAACCCAGUCUAGCUUCAAUUCAUUGUGAUUGACCUAUCUAUAAGUUGGCCAUCUCUAUGGUCACUUUCCCCACUAUGUAGUUUUAUUACUUCUUUCAUCUUAGGGAAUCCUAUUCAAUAUGUCAUUUAUUAAAUGGCUUCACUUCUGAAAUAAUUUCUUGAUAUGUCUGGUAAUUAUUAAUACCAAAUCUUCAGAGAUCAGCUCCAACAGCAGAAAUAGAUUAUACCAUCAACAACAUUUUAAUACUAGUCAUUUGUUUAAAAAUAACACAAAUUGUUAGUUGUAUCAAGUCUUACAACAUUGGCAAGAUGUCACAAAUUAUACAUUCAACAGUGGUGUGCCUGGCUGUCUGAAAUUGCAUGAGUGUUUUUGUCUCUCAUUGCACUUUGUUUUAAAAGUUUUUGUACCAGACUCUCCAAUGAGACCAAUUUUUUUUAAUACACUAACUUCCUUCUAUUGUCUAAAGGCAUUGACUGAUACUUCUAAACAAAGAUAUUUAUUUUCUCUCUUUGUUCACUUUUUUUUUUCUCUUUCUUUACUUUUGGAUUAUCUUCCUUUUCUUGUUUACAUUUAAGCUAUGGAAUGUUAUAUUUUCCUUUGAUUUAGAAUCAUCUAUUUCUGACAUCAGCACAAAUUUUAGGACAUUCUCCCCUUAUGAGUAUUUUAUUGCUAAGCUCUUUGUUGUGUCUUAACAUUUAGUGCUGAAUUCACUACUUCUAUAGUGAUAUGUCAAAGGAAUUUGUUAGGCUUUACUUGUUUACAAUAUCAAAUUAGGCAGAUAAAAGUUUAGUUUUUUUCUUGUUUUGUGUAUUUUGAGUAAGGUUUUAUAUAAUGACAAUAAUGUCAUAGUAAAAACAAAAGAGUUUGAUAUGAAAUGAAAACAGUUCAUAAUGCUAGUGUCUUUGGAGACAGUCAAGUUUUGUUUAUCAAGAAGUUUUGGACUUAAUUAUUUGGUUAGUGACAGCAAUGACAGACAGAUUCCCUUCAUUAUUAGAUUAAAUGUUUGAACCGCCAUCACACUUGAUUGUCUCAUUCAGUCACAACCUCACUAAGUGUUUGACUCCCAGUUUGGCAUAGGAUUUCCUUGUUUGAGACCCAAUCUGUGUAACUGACUCCCAAAAUCUGUCUCAGCCAUCUCUGAUGAGCCACAUUUAGUCUUUUCUAAAUUUUGACAGAUGACUUCCACAUGCAUAUGUAGCAGUUGGAAUGACCUUUAUUUCAAUGCUGACAUAACAAACAGGCAGUUUGUUAUUAUUGUAUUUGAAAAACAUAAAUGUCUAUCAAAAUUGAGGCCUACUUUCUCAAACUCUUUACAAAGGUAACCUGUUAAUCAUAAAUACUGUUUGUUAAAAGAUGAAGUUAGUGAUAGGCUUCUUAAAAAGUUGGUUACAAGUUUCAAUUGUGAUUAUAGAGCUGCUUGUUUUUUUUUGUUUUUUUUUGUUGUUGUUGUUUUUUUAUGGUUGUUUUCUUUUUAUUGAAAAUAGUAAACUUUGUGUGUGUGUGUGUGUUUGAUCUCAAAACACACAAUAAAAAUUAAACUGAGUGAAUUCAUCAGUAUGAAUUUUAACCAGGUGCAGUAGUUUGUAUUUCAAAUAUCUAAUAAGUCCACUUGAGCGUUGUUUGCUCAUUGGGAGCUCUGUUUGAUUAGCCAGCCACUAGGAACUUUUGUCUCUUUAAAAAAAAAUGAGCAUUUCCUUUAAUUUCCUUUGAACUUUAAGAUGACUCAUUUUCAAAACCUGAUUGCAUUCAAGGUUUGCGUGGCCGAUUGCUGCACUUAGUGUAGCUAUAUUGGCUUAGCCAAUGUACAAGGAACUAUUGCAUAUUGGUAAUAAGCUAAAGCACAGGAAAAUAGUAUUUAUUGAUGACUAUUGCUAACAGCCAAUAUGAAAAGGAUUUUCAGCCAGUGCAUGUUUUCAAGAGGGGAAAAGUCCUCCUAAAUAACUACAAACAAUGAUUUUAUUGGCAGUUUUCUUUGCUUCUUUUCUCCUCAUUUUCAUCUUUGCUAAUGUUACAUUUAUUUGUUUAGCUCAAGUUUAUUUAUUUAAUGACAAUAUUUUAUCAAAUCUUUAAAAUUUCAAAAAUAAUUUAAAAUGAACAUAUCACAUUUUUUAAAAAGUUGUUUUUUUAUGUAUCUUAUAACAUGGUAACCACUUUUGUCAUUCCGAGACAAGAAUAAAAAUAGAUGCACAUUUUUUCAAGUCUAUUUUUGCAUUCCUAAAAGCAUGUAUACAUCCAAAAUAGUGAUACCCAGCAUAGGGCCUGCAGGCCAUAUCUGGCCCAUGGUGCAGUGCUGUUUGGCUUUUGAAGCUUCUGCUCAUAGUGCAUAAUCAAACUGCAGAGGCAAAUUUCAUUUUGUUUUUAAAUGUGGCCCAUGACCUGUAUUAGAAAUUCAGCCUUCAGGCUGGAAAAGGUUGGGCAGCGCUGAUCUAAAUCAUUCCUUGUGAGUUUUGUCCACAUCUUUCUUAAGCAAUGCAUGAUUUUAUUUCCUGUCCAACUUUUCAUAGGCCAAAAAAACAAAACUUGUAGGCUUUUUAAAAUGUUGAUAGAACAGAAAGAAAAAAAUAGAUUUAAGUUUUCUUUUCAGGGGGGGGGGGCCUCUAGUUAUUAGAAAUACAGCAUUCGGUCCUACAAAAAAAUAAUUUUUUGUUGAGACUUAAAUUUGUUGUUUUUUUUUUUAAUAGAUCAAUUUUCAUUGUCAUCAUCUCUAAAUUGAAUUAUUCUCAAUCUGAAAAAAAAAAAUUUUGUCAUAGAAACAUUUAUUACUACAUAACCUGAAAAAAAAAAGUUAAAUAUUGUGUAUUACAAUAUCUUAUUGAUUUUUACUAAUGAAUUUUUUAUGUCAGUUUUUCUGUGUCUUAUUACUCUUCUUUCAUACAUUUGUAAGUGUUUAUUUCAUUGUAUAGAUCCUUUUAUUUAUUUUAACACACACAUUGCUUCCGUUUGUCUGGAACUGGUCUUAAGGCAUACCAGUGACAUUUGUAUUACAUGUCCAGAUUAUAAUUGUUUAAUUUGGCCACAUAGUUUUGUCACUAUCCCAUUCAUUAGACAAACUCAAGGUUUGCUGGAUAAAACUUGCUUCAUCAAAACAUUGGUUUCGCUGGCUGGACUAUCACCUUGAUUCUACCUCUUAUUGAAAAGAGUUCAUCUUAGUUUAUGCUUUUGUUUGACUUUUGCACUCUCAAAUAUACAAAACAUUAAUCAUAGGAAAAUCAUGAAACAAUUGUUGUUUUUUUUGCCAUGUCUACUACUGUUGUUACAAUUUUAGGGGAAGGGGGGGGGGAACAAAAAUGUCCUCUGUGGACCUCAAAUUAAUUUUUUUUUUUAUGUUUGCUUUUUGGUUUGUUUUAUUUACAUUUAGUUUGUCUUGCUUCUCAUUUUAUAAGUCUGGGGAAACCAAACAAGCUGAGUGAACAUCUGCUUAAUACUUAUUUUUUACAAAUUAUAUUUGGUAGCACUCUUUGGCUUUUUUUUUUUUUUUUUUUUUCUAAAGCCUUUCUUGUUGACUAAGUUUUAAAGUUGCUGUGUGAUUAGUACAUUAAAACAAAAAAAAAAACAGUUUUGUAUAUGAUAUUAUAUUACAUUAUUAUUCAUAAUUGUUACUAAUCCAUUUUUUUUAUUACAUUCAAACACUUGUACAUUGACAGUAGAACUCUUUUGUGUUCUCCUGAUUGCUACAAUCAUUCUAGUGGCAGCCAUUUUAUUUCUUGUUAUUUGUAGGACUAUGAUUCAGUUGUUAUUGUUGUCAAUUAGUGCUGCAAAUAGUUAUUAUGUAUUGCGUGUAUAUGGUUUUAAAAUCUUUUAUGAUUAUUCUAAAGACAAUCUGAAUAAUGCUUCCCAUUAACAAAUAAUGGGUUUCUAGGCAUUGAACUUGACUUGUUAUAAACUAAUAGGCCUGUAAGCUAAUAAACUAGAAAUGAUUGAAUUUAGU